AUGGUGGUGGUCAUCUGCGCCGCCCACAGCCUCCAGGCGCCCACAGCCUCCAGGCGGUCACAGCCUCCAGGCGCCCACAGCCUCCAGGCGGUCACAGCCUCCAGGCGCCCACAGCCUCCAGGCGCCCACAGCCUCCAGACGCCCACAGCCUCCAGGCGGUCACAGCCUCCAGGCGCCCACAGCCUCCAGGCGCCCACAGCCUCCAGACGCCCACAGCCUCCAGACGUCCACAGCCUCCAGGCAUCCACAGCCUCCAGGCGUUCACAGCCUCCAGACGUCCACAGUCUCCAGGCGGCCACAGCCUCCAGGCGGCCACAGCCUCCAGACGCCUCUGAAGACACGGUGGACUUUCGUCACGCAGAAGUUGCCAGAGCUCUGUCCUCAUACUUUGUCGUGUUCUACAGUGCCACUGUAACUACUGCUCUAGUGGUUGAUAGUGCCACUGUAACUACUGCUCUAGUGGUUGAUAGUGCCACUGUAACUACUGUUCUAGUGGUUGAUAGUGACGCUGUAACUACUGCUCUAGUGGUUGACAGUGACGCUGUAACUACUGCUCUAGUGGUUGAUAGUGCAACUGUAACUACUGCUCUAGUGGUUGAUAGUGACGCUGUAACUACUGCUCUAGUGGUUGAUAGUGCCACUGUAACUACUGCUCUAGUGGUUGACAGUGCCACUGUAACUACUGCUCUAGUGGUUGAUAGUGACGCUGUAACUACUGUUCUAGUGGUUGAUAGUGACGCUGUAACUACUGCUCUAGUGGUUGACAGUGACGCUGUAACUACUGUUCUAGUGGUUGAUAGUGCCACUGUAACUACUGCUCUAGUGGUUGACAGUGCCACUGUAACUACUGCUCUAGUGGUUGAUAGUGACGCUGUAACUACUGUUCUAGUGGUUGAUAGUGACGCUGUAACUACUGCUCUAGUGGUUGAUAGUGCCACUGUAACUACUGCUCUAGUGGUUGAUAGUGCCACUGUAACUACUGCUCUAGUGGUUGACAGUGACGCUGUAACUACUGCUCUAGUGGUUGAUAGUGCCGCUGUAACUACUGCUCUAGUGGUUGAUAGUGCCACUGUAACUACUGUUCUAGUGGUUGAUAGUGACGCUGUAACUACUGCUCUAGUGGUUGACAGUGACGCUGUAACUACUGCUCUAGUGGUUGAUAGUGCCACUGUAACUACUGCUCUAGUGGUUGAUAGUGACGCUGUAACUACUGCUCUAGUGGUUGAUAGUGCCACUGUAACUACUGCUCUAGUGGUUGAUAGUGACGCUGUAACUACUGCUCUAGUGGUUGAUAGUGCCACUGUAACUACUGUUCUAGUGGUUGAUAGUGACGCUGUAACUACUGCUCUAGUGGUUGAUAGUGCCACUGUAACUACUGCUCUAGUGGUUGAUAGUGCCACUGUAACUACUGCUCUAGUGGUUGAUAGUGACGCCGUAACUACUGCUCUAGUGGUUGAUAGUGCCACUGUAACUACUGCUCUAGUGGUUGAUAGUGACGCUGUAACUACUGCUCUAGUGGUUGAUAGUGCCACUGUAACUACUGUUCUAGUGGUUGAUAGUGACGCUGUAACUACUGCUCUAGUGGUUGAUAGUGCCACUGUAACUACUGCUCUAGUGGUUGAUAGUGACGCUGUAACUACUGCUCUAGUGGUUGAUAGUGCCACUGUAACUACUGCUCUAGUGGUUGACAGUGCCACUGUAACUACUGCUCUAGUGGUUGAUAGUGCCACUGUAACUACUGCUCUAGUGGUUGAUAGUGCCACUGUAACUACUGCUCUAGUGGUUGAUAGUGACGCUGUAACUACUGCUCUAGUGGUUGAUAGUGCCACUGUAACUACUGUUCUAGUGGUUGAUAGUGACGCUGUAACUACUGCUCUAGUGGUUGAUAGUGCCGCUGUAACUACUGCUCUAGUGGUUGACAGUGACGCUGUAACUACUGCUCUAGUGGUUGAUAGUGACGCUGUAACUACUGCUCUAGUGGUUGACAGUGACGCUGUAACUACUGUUCUAGUGGUUGAUAGUGCCACUGUAACUACUGCUCUAGUGGUUGACAAUGCCGCUGUAACUACUGCUCUAGUGGUUGAUAGUGCCACUGUAACUACUGCUCUAGUGGUUGAUAGUGACGCUGUAACUACUGCUCUAGUGGUUGAUAGUGCCACUGUAACUACUGCUCUAGUGGUUGACAGUGACGCUGUAACUACUGUUCUAGUGGUUGAUAGUGCCACUGUAACUACUGCUCUAGUGGUUGACAAUGCCGCUGUAACUACUGCUCUAGUGGUUGACAGUGCCGCUGUAACUACUGCUCUAGUGGUUGACAAUGCCGCUGUAACUACUGCUCUAGUGGUUGAUAGUGCCGCUGUAACUACUGCUCUAGUGGUUGACAGUGACGCUGUAACUACUGUUCUAGUGGUUGAUAGUGCCACUGUAACUACUGCUCUAGUGGUUGACAAUGCCGCUGUAACUACUGCUCUAGUGGUUGAUAGUGACGCUGUAACUACUGCUCUAGUGGUUGACAGUGCCGCUGUAACUACUGUUCUAGUGGUUGUUAGUGCCACUGUAACUACUGCUCUAGUGGUUGAUAGUGCCACUGUAACUACUGCUCUAGUGGUUGUUAGUGCCACUGUAACUACUGCUCUAGUGGUUGACAGUGCCACUGUAACUACUGCUCUAGUGGUUGAUAGUGACGCUGUAACUACUGCUCUAGUGGUUGACAGUGCCACUGUAACUACUGCUCUAGUGGUUGAUAGUGACGCUGUAACUACUGCUCUAGUGGUUGAUAGUGCCGCUGUAACUACUGCUCUAGUGGUUGAUAGUGCCACUGUAACUACUGCUCUAGUGGUUGAUUGA